AUGGCUCCAGGCGGCGGAGGUAACAUCAAAGUAGUAGUCCGAGUACGGCCAUUCAACAGUCGAGAGAUUGACCGUGGUGCAAAAUGUAUUGUGCAAAUGAAAGACACCCAGACGGUGCUUACAGCACCGCCGGGUAUGGAGGAAAAAUCGUCGUCGCGGAAAGGUGGAAAGGGCGGCGGCGAAGGACCCAAGGUCUUUGCAUUCGAUCGCUCAUAUUGGUCCUUCGAUAAAAACGAUGCAAACUAUGCCGGACAAGACAACCUAUUCGAUGAUCUGGGUGAGCCGCUGCUGGACAACGCCUUUGGAGGGUACAACAAUUGUAUUUUCGCAUACGGUCAGACCGGUUCCGGAAAGUCAUACUCGAUGAUGGGAUAUGGACAGGAAUAUGGUGUCAUUCCUCGUAUUUGCCAGUCGAUGUUCGAACGAAUCACGGCUAUCCAACAAGACAAAAAUCUGAACUGUACGGUGGAGGUGUCAUACCUAGAAAUUUACAACGAGAGGGUUCGCGAUUUGCUCAACCCGUCCAAUAAAGGCAAUCUCAAGGUCCGUGAGCACCCAUCGACGGGUCCGUAUGUUGAAGAUCUGGCCAAGUUGGUAGUGCGAUCCUUUGAAGAAAUCGAUCACUUGAUGGACGAGGGAAAUAAAGCUCGAACGGUGGCUGCGACGAACAUGAACGAAACCUCGAGUCGAUCUCACGCCGUCUUCACCUUGACUCUCUCACAGAAACGACACGAUGCAGAGACCUCAAUGGAUACGGAGAAGGUGUCAAAGAUCAGUUUGGUAGAUUUGGCAGGUUCAGAGAGAGCUAAUUCCACUGGCGCCACCGGUGCUCGAUUGAAGGAAGGUGCCGAAAUUAACCGCUCGCUGUCUACGCUGGGUCGUGUCAUCGCAGCACUGGCCGAUGUAUCCGUCGGAAAAAAGAAAAACGCAUCUAUGGUCCCUUACCGUGACUCCAUUCUCACUUGGUUGCUGAAAGAUUCUCUGGGCGGUAACUCCAUGACCUCUAUGAUUGCAGCUAUUUCACCUGCCGAUAUCAACUUUGACGAAACAUUGAGUACACUGCGAUACGCCGACUCAGCGAAGAGAAUCAAGAACCACGCUGUGGUGAACGAAGACCCGAAUGCUCGCAUGAUCCGCGAGCUUAAAGAGGAGCUGGCACAGUUACGAUCAAAACUUGGAGGUGGAGGAGGCGGUACAGCUGCUGGAGGAAGCAUGCCGGCUGAGGAAUACUACCCUCCUGAUACACCGUUGGAAAAGCAGAUGGUCUCUAUUGCGCAAGCAGAUGGCACAGUCAAGAAAGUGAGCAAAGCCGAAAUCGUGGAACAGCUCAACCAAAGCGAGAAGCUGUAUAAAGACCUCAAUCAAACUUGGGAGGAGAAGUUGCAAAAGACCGAGGAAAUCCACAAGGAACGUGAAGCUGCUCUUGAAGAACUUGGUAUCAACAUCGAAAAGGGUUUCAUCGGGUUGAGCACGCCAAAAAAGAUGCCUCACUUGGUCAACCUCAGUGAUGAUCCCUUGCUAGCAGAAUGUCUGGUCUACAACAUCAAACCAGGUACUACGACGGUUGGCCACAUGGACCAGGGAAACACCGUUGAGAUUCGGUUGAAUGGAUCUAAGAUUCUUUCAAAGCAUUGUACCUUUGAGAAUGUGGACAACGUUGUGACCAUUGUGCCUACGGACGGUGCUGCAGUCAUGGUUAACGGCAUGCGCAUAGACAAGCCCAAACGCUUGAGGAGUGGUUUUCGCAUCAUUCUUGGAGAUUUUCAUAUCUUUCGUUUCAAUCAUCCACAAGAAGCUCGCGCCGAACGAGUGGAACAGAGUUUACUACGACAUUCCGUAACAACCAGCCAGCUUGGAUCACCUGCUCCGAACAAGACUCACGAUCGCAAUAUGAGUAAGACUGGAUCUGACAACGACGGAGACUCGAGCAGGGCAGAUUCUCCAAUGCCCUCACAGCGUGGCCGCGAGUCCGACUGGUUCUUGGCUCGACGAGAGGCUGUCAAUGCUAUGUUGGGCCCUGAUCAUAUCUCACACAUGCCAGAUGACGAGCUUGAUGCUCUAUUUGAAGAUGUGCAAAAGGCUCGAGCGGUACGUCGUGGACUUCCUGACAACGAGGAGGAUUCAGAUUCCCUCAGUUCAUUUCCCGUACGCGAUAAGUACAUGUCCAAUGGGACGAUCGACAACUUCUCCCUAGACACUGCGAUCACAAUGCCAGGAACUCCGCGUCAAAAUGGCGAUGAUGAAGGAAACAAUGCCGAAAUUUCAUUGAAUUCUGUUCGACAAGACUUGCAGCGCCAGCUGGAUCGACAAAGAGAGGAGUACCAGGACAAGCUGAAGACUGCAGAGGCAUCCUCUAAUCAGGAUCCUGGAGAACUUCGCACCGAAAAACAGCGUAUGGAGGAUGCGCUUAAGUCUGCGAAAGAGGAGUAUGAGGAGCAACUGAGGCUGCAAAAGGAAGAGUUCGAGAGCCAGAUGCGAGAUAUGGGCAAACCUAUACCUCAAAUCUUUGAAAACGGAUUCGCCAAAUUAGACGAACGAGAGCUCGAAAUUGCCCGGAAUGUCUUCCGCCACUGGUCUCAGCGCAAUUAUGUUCGCAUGGCCGAGAAGAUUCUCCAACAUGCAUCUCUCAUCAAGGAGGCGCAGAUCAUGAGUCAGAUCAUGGAUAAGAACGUGGUCUUCCAAUUUGCGGUUGUUGACCAUGGGUACAACAUGGCUUCAUGCUACGAUCUUGUACUAAAUGGAAUUUCUGGCGACGAAGACAUCGUCCUAGAAGAGGCCAAGAAGCCGUGCGUCGGGGUUCGGGUCAUUGAUUACAAGCAGUGUGUUAUCCAUCUCUGGUCGAUGGAGAAACUGCAGCGCCGUGUACAAUCCAUGCGACAGUUGCACCAGUAUAUCGAUCGCCCUGACUACAUCCAGCAUUUCAAACUGGAGAACCCAUUCUCAGAACCAUGUUCACCGCAAUACUCUCUUGUCGGUGAUGCUGACAUCCCCUUGACGGCCGUGUUUGAGACCCGCGUUCAAGACUUCUCAGUGGAGAUCACAUCGCCAUACACCCAAUGUGUUGUUGGCAUUAUUCGGCUGUCACUGGAACCUUCCUCUGCAGAGGCGCCCUCGUCAACCUUGAAAUUCAAUGUUGUUAUGCGGGAUAUGGUUGGUUUCGCUGAAUGGGAGGGCACGGAAGUUCAUGCGCAACUCUUUGUGCCUGGAAUCUCCGAAGAAGGUGGCGCUACAACCACCCAGAUGAUCAGUGGGUUUGAAGAAAGUGCAGUUCGGUUUGAAAGUGUUCAUAGUAUGAGUCUACCGCUAUCAAGCCCCCGAACAGCCGCUCUCAAAGUUUGCGUUUAUGCUCGCGUGACAUCAGUCCAUCUCGACAAGCUUCUCAGCUGGGACGAUAUGCGCGACUCUGCGGGUGUUCCCACUCAAAAGCGUACUGCCCCUCGCAUCGCCGAAUCCGAAUUUUACUCCGAAGAACGACAUGACGUAUUUGCUCGAGUCCAAAUACUUGAACUUGCGGAGUCCGGUGAAUACCUACCUGUGGAGGUUGUUCAAAGUAACAAUCUCGAUGCAGGCACUUACCAGCUUCACCAGGGUCUGCAACGUCGGGUGUCCAUCAAUAUCACCUAUAGUUCCACGGAAAGCCUCCCAUGGGAUGAUAUCACCCAUGCCCGCGUGGGAUCUGUUCGUCUUCUGGAUCCUUGGGGUAAAAUCCCCGAUCAAGAUCUGCAGACCCCCGAUGUUCCUCUCAAGUUUGUCCAAGAACCAAUGGUCAAGGACAAUGCUGACGGAACCUGCAAUGUGACAAUUGUGGGUCAGUGGGAUUCAAGUUUACAUGGCUCUUUACUCCUCGAUCGAGUCACUGCGGAUAAAUACCGAGUCCAAGUCACAGUGCGCUGGGACCUGGUCUCCUCUCGGUUGCAGACUCCCGUUGUCUUCGAGGUCGACCAGACCAUUCAAAUCCUUGGACGUACCUAUGUCCGCCAGCAGUCUAUGUUCAAACAGCUUUGGAGCUCCACUCGAGUCGUGCAUUCAACCACUCAGAUGUAUUCCCUGGUCAUUCGACCAAUCUCCGCAAAGCGUGCAGCUGACCUGUGGCGAAUGAACACUCAAAACGAUUAUGUCAAGGGCGAAGAGCUUUUGACAAGCUGGGCACCUCGCAAAGUGUCCCUGGUUCGAGAUUACAUUGCUGCGCGCAAACGUCGCUACCGUAUAGCUGAACUCCAUGCCGCCCGAGGGGCUCUCAGCGCAGGUAGUCUGAUGGCAUCGUCCGCUCGAAACAGUGGUAGAUCCACGCCUAUGAGAAACCAAGACCUCAAUGAGCGCAAAACACAGCUUCUUCGAAAAUACCUUGACCUUUGGUCAACCAAGAAAGAUCCGACAGAGACAAUUCUGGUCCGUAGUAAUACUGAACCCCCGACCGAUGGCGCGCAAGCCAGGUCCAACGGAGCCAACAGCAUCUCGGAUAAAAUGUCACUGAAACCUCGAUUCGUGGCCACCAUCCAGACUUUACCCAAGAAUCCAUCCGCCUUGAAAUCAGGACAUGUCCUCACUCCCGAUGAUACGAACAGUGUCUGGGUCCGUCGAUUUGUGGAGCUUCGCCGGCCGUAUCUUCACAUCUACUCGGUACCCGAAGGAGACGAAAUCAACGCCAUUAACCUGCGUAACUCGCGUGUUGACCACGCACCGGACUUUGCACGUCUCCUUGAUGGAUCUGGAGCUGGAGCCGAUCGCUCACUCUCUGCACGAGGUCGACCUAAUAUCUUCGCGGUGUACGGAACCCAAAACACAUACCUUUUCGCCACGCGGACUGAGGCGCAGAAGGUUGAAUGGAUUCUUAAGAUCGAUGAAAGUUAUUUCAGCAGCAAUGGCGGUAGUGCGAUUGCAAGUGGCGAUGAACGAUAA